AUGGUGCUUUUUUAUAGACAGGCCGAUCUCCCCGUGGUUGUCUUUGAGCGCACCUCCCACAUCAGUGUGAGGCCUUUGCCCCUCAGUCUGCAGGUGAAGAUGUGUCAGUGUCAGUGGGUGGAGGCCGAUCUCCCCGUGGUUGUCUUUGAGCGCACCUCCCACAUCAGUGUGAGGCCUUUGCCCCUCAGUCUGCAGGUGAAGAUGUGUCAGUGUCAGUGGGUGGAGGUCAGAUAG